GAAUAUUAUGCCAUCUCUUCCAAAUGAAACCAAUGUUCAAGUUGCAGUGCGAGUCCGACCACAAAGCUCAUCAGAAAUAAACGAAGGACUUAAAAAAUGCACAGCAGUUAUUCCUGAGGAGUCGCAGAUUGCAAUUGGCAGCGACAAGUUGUUCACGUUUGACCUUGUAUUUGACAUUGAAGCAAAACAAGGUGAAAUAUUUGACAAGUCUGUGGCAAACUUAGUUGACGGAACCCUACAUGGAUAUAAUGCGACUAUUUUGGCCUACGGGCAGACAGGCUCGGGUAAAACAUACACGAUGGGAACUGCUUGGAACGAAAGUCCGACGAACGAAAACACGGGGAUAAUACCUCGCGCUGUGAACAGACUAUUUGAUCAGAUCUUGAAUUCAAAAUUGGAAUCUGAAGAAAAGGGUAUCACGCCUCCUGAUUUUAAAAUCAGCGCCCAGUUUUUAGAACUGUAUAAUGAAGACAUGAACGAUCUAUUGAUACCUGCGGAUAAAACGGGAGCGAAAGGCCUGAUUAAAAUACACGGAGAAGGAAGUAUGAUUUAUGUCAGCGGCGCUUCGACAAGGCCUGUCAAUAAUGUUGAAGAUUGUCUGAAAUGUCUGGAAAUUGGAUCUCUAAACCGGGUGACAGCCUCGACAAACAUGAAUGCAACUUCGUCUAGAAGUCACGCUAUUUUUACAAUAACUGUAAAACAGCAAAGAGUUCUAAAAAAUGAAGACGAAACAGCUGAAAAAGAGCUACAAUCGGACUCGCUUGAUUUCGAAACUUUGACCGCUAAAUUUCAUUUUGUGGACCUCGCGGGAUCCGAAAGACUAAAGCGAACAGGAGCUACAGGAGAUAGAGCUAAAGAAGGAAUAGCAAUCAACUGUGGGCUUCUAGCCCUCGGAAAUGUGAUAAGUGCUCUUGGCGAUGCUACAAAACGAGGCUCACAUGUUCCUUACAGGAACUCAAAGUUGACAAGACUUCUACAAGAUUCUUUAGGAGGUAACAGCAGAACAAUGAUGAUUGCUUGUGUGAGUCCCUCCGAUCGAGAUUUCAUGGAGACCUUGAAUACUUUAGUGUACGCUAAUCGAGCGAAAAACAUCAAAAACAAACCUUCAGUUAACCAGGACAAAGCGAGCAAACAAAUAAGUGAUCUGAAAAAUCGAAUAGCAGAACUUGAAAGCGAGUUGCUUAAAUACAAGCAGGGAAAAUUGACCGCGGAUGUUUGCUUCAUGAACGAUAUGAGCGAUGAAAACAGGCUCCUUUUGAGGGAACAAGAUAGUUUGAGAGAUAAAAUUAAAACGUUGCAAGCUACUAUUGAGUCAAAAACCCAAGAAAUCAGCGUUUUAAAAACUGAAAGGGAUUUAUCGCGCGUUCGAAGCUCGAAUUCAGGGAGCAAUAGUGAAAAUUCAGUUGACGAUUUGAUUGCACAAUAUAUGAGCGAAAUGGAAUCAGUUAAAUCCAAAGUUACUGAAUUGGAAAUUGAAAACUCGAAAUAUCGAAAAGAAAUAGCAAAUUUAAAAACUGAGUUUCCUAUUCAAAACAAAUCUCGAAGCUUAUUAUCUACAAGUAAAUCUGUUUCGAGGCCCAAUAAGUCAUCUGUUCGGAAUGCUGAACCGUCGGUUUCGAUACCGCCUAUUGACGUGUCGAGUUAUGAGAAAGACUUGAGUGAACUAAUCGCUCAAGCCGAAGCUGACUUGGCCGAAAAGAAAGAAGUGCUGGCAACUUCGAGAACAAAUCAAACUUCGGGAGAUGUCACAACUACGCGUCCGGAACGCCGAAAGCGGAAUAAAGUUUCAUCGGGAAAGGAAAAGUCGUCGGAAAAACGAGCUAGUUCCGUGUCAUGUGACGAAAGAUCCAACGCGGAAACUCUGAGUGAAAUUUCGGAGUUAAAGUCAAGCAUCGAAGACGAAAAUGAAAAUGACGAUGAGAACAACUCGGGAAACGAAACUUCCGAUAAUGAUGAAUCUGAUUUGGAAAAUGAUGAUUCUGAAGAUUUGAGAGUUGCUGAUAUUGCGUACAUAACUCAGGAAAUAUCUGUGAAGGAAAAAUUGAUCCUGCAGCUGGAAAAAUCGCAAGUGGCUUUAAAUAAUAUGAAGCAGGGUUAUGACCAGAAAUUUAGAGAAUUGCAAAUGAAAAUGAAUUCAAUGGAAGAAGCCAAACAAAAUGAUAUGAAAAAUGCAGACGGUUCUCAGAAAUCAGGCGAAGAUUUGGAAAAAAUUAAAAAGGAGUACAAGCAAAAAGUUUCGAAUUUAGAAAAAGAAAUGAAAAAGCUGAAAAGUUUUGAAAAAGUGAACAAACAACAUAUGAAUGAACUGAAAAGAAACGAGGAACGAAUUUUGUCCUUGAAAACUGAUGUUGAAAAAAUGCGAGACGACAAGGCAAAAUUAGUUCGUCAAAUGAAAGAAGAAAGCAAACGUCACAGAGAAAAAGAACAAACACAAAGAAAAGAAGUCGCGCAGUUGAAAAAACAAGAGCGUCUGAAAGAUAAUAAAAUUAAAUCACUAGAAAUUGAAAACCAGCAGAAAAACGUGAUUUUACAGAGAAAACUACAAGAAAUGGACGUUUUGAGGAAAACUAAGAAGGGCGAAAUGUCGGACAAAGCAGCUGGCCGAGUGACAAAGUCUCGCUCAGAAAGCCGAAAAGCGAACGACAAGACAAUUAAUUCUACUGCAAAUUCGUCCAAGUAUGGAAAAACAUUGGAAAAUAAAAUUGAUCAAAGUGAGAAAAGCUUGGCCACCCGCAACAACUCGACAUUUAGAUCCAGAAAAAGAAGCUCAUUGACCGCUUCUAAGCUAAACUGGGAAAAGUUUAGUACUAUGAUGGAGAGUCACGUUGAAAAUUGUUAUUCAGUCGCUUAUUUGGAAAAAGAAAUGGAAGAUCAUAUGAAAGAGCGAGAGAGGUGGAAUUCGGAAAAACAGAUUUUGGCCAAAAAAAUAACAUCUGCUAAGUUGCUGAAAGACUCGAAGAAGUUGAAUCAUCUGCUAGAAGAAUUGGAAGUUGUUAAAUGUUCGAUCGAAGAAGCGCAAGAAAGAAUUGAGGAAAAGCAGGCCGCAAUCGUGACUCUAAAUUCGGCGACUGAAAACUCGAAGUUUGCUCAAAUUGACGUCGAAUCUAUGGACGUAAAACAUUGCAAGUCACUCCUGCAACAAUUAUUAACUUUCACAGUUGAACGAAGUGUCCAAUUGAAAGAGGACCAGGCGAAAAUAAGAGAACUAGAAGCCCAAAUUGGAGAGGAGGAAAUAAAUAAAACCAUCCAGCAACAGUUGUUGGACUUCGUGAUUCUGGACGACGAUGACGGUGGUAGCGAUACUAGAAUUAGACUAGCAGCUUCGCCUGUACAAGAACAAAUGAACUGCACGUUUAUUAAAGACGCGCCUGAUUUAGUCCAAAGUGCGACGAUGUCAGAACAGCACCAGCAACAUCAAAGAGUUCCCUCCCCAAUGGGAUUCAGUUUACCGGAAACAGUGACCACAAGAAGACGAGGCAAUAAAAGUGCACGGUUUCAAAGUGACGAAUCCAAUUUAAACCAAACUUCAGAGUCUUCCUCUCAAGCUACUGGCCAGAGUAUUUCAGCGUCUGAGACGUUUCUAGUGAGCGGGACUCCCUUGAUGGACAAGUUUGGAAUCAAACUUCUGAGCAAUGAAGAUCUCUCCACGCUUCCCGAGAGUCCAAGAAAAGAAGCGACUUCUAACACUAACAAUUCAAGCCGCAGAAGUUCAGGUGAUUCGGGUGAAAAUGGGAACCUCUCGCGAUCCAAUUCAUUUAGAUUAGGCGCAGCUAGAUCAGAUAACUCGGAUGUUUUCACUCGUCUUCUGAAGAGUGUACCUCGCGUCGACCUGGACGGAGAAAAUAAAACUGAAGUAGGGACUAUUAAUGGCUACCGAGGUGCCAUAGCUGGUGCUGCGAACUUCCCACUGAAGUGUCAUCAUGUGGCUGAAGGUCAUAAAAAGGGAGUUGUUUCAGUUGAUGCCACUGAAACUCAUCUCUUCACAGGGUCACUGGACCGAACUGUAAAAGUCUGGGACUUGAACGAAGGAGGAGAACUCCUCUCAAUUACAGGGUUUCCUCAUUCGGUUCUUCAGGUGAAGUAUCAUAAAUCGAGGAAUUUGCUGUUCGCAGCUUCUCUGCAUGUCAUCAAGGUUUUGGAUCCCUUGCAAAAGAAUUCUGAUCCCGGAUGUCUGAAGACUCUAAAGUCUAGUGGCGGUUCAUACGAGCGUCUAGACUACCCCAGCGCCCAAACUACAAAAAUACCCCAAGGCGAGGAUCAAAUCAACGACGUUGCUUUCAGCUCUUGUGGCAAUCUACUUUAUUCGGUUUCGAGGAAUUUCAUUCGCAUAUGGGAUUUAAGACAUUUACCAGGAGCGCUCAAAAGUAUCCAACUAGUUCCAAGUCAGUCACAUUCCGCUGCCAUUAACGUUCUAGCUGUCAAAAAUUGCAUAAAAGGAGGACCCGAUUUAGUUUUCACAGGUUCCCGAGAUCACAGUGUCAAAUGCUGCGAAGCCAUAUUGGAGUUAGAAGGUAUAUGUAGAAGUCUGGAACCUCCGCAUUUCGACGGCGUUGAGAGCAUGUGUAUAUACAAUAACUGGCUUUACUCUUCAGGGCGAGAUAGUUGCAUUAAACAAUGGGAUGUGUCAAGUAUAGAAACGUGCCAUAAUGUCGCUUCCGUUUCGAGUGCUCAUAACCAUUGGAUCACGGCGUUGACAAUGUUCCCGAACGUUGCAGCUUCUCAUGAUUCUGGCAGUGUUCCGUAUCUUGUCAGCGGGUGCAGGUCGGGAGAAAUGAAAGUGUGGGACUGUGAAAAAUUGAAGCUUCUUGGAGAGUUGAAGGCACAUAAAGCACACGUGCAUGCAUUUGCGAGUAAUUCGAACUGUCUGUUCAGUGCUUCGGGAGAUUGGGAUGUCAAAAUUUGGAGGCUAUGAAUUGAAAAAGACAUUUUUUUCCUUCCACCGCACAUCAAAACGUUAUGAGGUUCUACUAAGCGAAAAUCUUCUUUUUGGGUCAUAUCUGCGUCGUUUUGAUGCGAAAUACGUUUUCUUUUAUUGCUCUCUUAAAGUUUGGCCUUAGUUAAUGACCGUAUUAAUUUAAAUAAACAUCAAAAUUAAUCAACCUAUUUUUUAUACGAAUUUUUUUCUUGGCUCACAAUCAAGUCAAAGUUCAAUUUAGGACGGUGGAAGAGGAAAAAUCCAAUGUUUGCUUGCAGAAAGUAUUCUGUCUUCUCUACAGUUUUUCAAAUCUAUUGUGCAAUUAUUGUACCUCACGUGGUGAAUGUUUGGUAUAGACUGUAUUCGAUUUUGCUGCCGAAUGUAAAUUUAAUUCUACUUAAAUAUUGAAACCCCGGAUUGAUAUUCUAUUGCUUUUCUUCAGCUUCUUGACUUGAAUUUUUCUGUUGCAUUGUACUUCGAUCAGCGUGUAAAAGAGGGUGAAGGAUUCUUUUCUAGUUCUUCCCAUCUUCGAUUUUUUCUGCAAUUCGAUUUUAAAAAGCCUAUCCAAAAAAAAAUUGUGAUGCUUCAAAGUGCCAGCGUAAACAAGUGAGCAAUUUUUUAACAACUUCACUUUUUAACAAGGGGCGAGUUGUAAUUUUUGUAAAUUUACGAUGGAUGGAAAAGUGGAAAAGCGCCGGAUAAAACAACUAGAUCCCAUACAUGAAAUUUUUCUAUUUCAGCUCGAAAAUGUUUGCCAUUUAAAGAUAUUGAACCUGUAAUUCAAAACAUCCUUCUUUUCUUACCACAAAUUUGUGAUAAAAUAAAUCUUUCAACUGCUAAGCAGAGAAAAUGUGCAUUGAGUUCAGAGUUUUGAAUCUAUAAGUAGAAAGUAUUCGACUAUUUGCACUAUUUUCUUUAGCGAAUAACGACUUCAUCAAAUGAGUGGGAUGUUUUGAAGUGGAUUUUAUAUUUGCAAGACGACCUUGAUCUAUAAUUUAGUAAUUUUUUGGUCCGGUUUUUGCAACUUUCUAUAUGUGACGUAAGAAACCAAAUAUUGGUUUUUCAUCAACUCUUUUUGGUGCUGAGUAUUAAUAUGUCUAUAUUUUGAAGUCUUGUAUGAUUAUGCGAAUAAUUUGGGUUGUAUAGUUUUGAAAAUGGGCUAUAUUUUGUAAAAUACUUGUUUGUAUUCACAAAGAAUGUCGCGAAUUGAUUGUGCUUGAGAUUGUCUCACUUCAAAUCAUUUCCAGCAGUUGUUUGGUAGUAUAAGCAUGGUCAUGCAAUCGUCAAUUAGAAGCUUGUCAAAAUUAGAUUACAUUUUCUCAAAA